GACUUGGCUUCCGGGACGCAUUUUCCGUUUUAUAUUGGAUCAUGGCGGAAGACCAGAACAACGCUGCCAAGACAGAAGUGGCCGACGAAGUCCGCGCUGCUACGGACACCGUCACUACCGGCGCAUCGGAAAACACUCAGGCAAGCGCCGACAAGGAGAACAUCGGCGCUAGCUUACCGAAGAAGUCCAAAAUGGACACCGACUUCCACUCCCUACCAACGAGGCAGUAUCUGGACCAGACUGUCGUGCCCAUUCUUCUUCAGGCACUAUCGACGCUUGCCAAGGAGCGGCCUCCCAACCCGAUCGAAUACCUGGCAAACUACCUGAUGAAAAAUAAGUCGCAGUUCGAGCAUGGGAGUCACUCCGUGAACGGCCAGAACUGAAGCAAGGGUGGAGACUGGGGAGAGAGAUAUGUUGUGUAUAUUUUUCCUUUAUGUAAUUAUUUACAAGCAUGUGGACGACGUUGCUUUAUUGCUUUCCCCUGCUGCCACAGUUUUUCUUUCCUUUUGAUUUUGAAGCAUUUAUUUUACAAAGUGUGCCAGAAGCGAAGUCUGUCCGUUUGAAUUGUGCACUCGCUUCAAGAACCACAGAAGAAUUGCACAUGCGUGACACACUCCAACCACUUUGAAAGCUCGAGGAGCAUUUUAGAAAAAAAUCUGGUAAAAAGAAGAGACACACGGUGAUUUUAAUUGUGCAAGCAAUGCAGCUAGUGCAAAUCACACGGCCAGUGUGUGCGCACAAUUGUUUCUUGGCAAAAAACAACCCGCCCAUGUAAUGCAGCUGCUGCCGAAUGAGGCUUGUUUUUUCUUGGACAUAAUGUUGAUGUCCUCCUUGUUCACUGCAAAGGGUUAGCAGAUCAUGAAGUUUCCAAGAUAGUUGCAAAGAGAGAAGGGCGGGGGUAAUGAGGAUAAAAUAUUGUCAAUAAAGUAAGUUGAAACAAA